AUGCCAAGAAGUGAAUCUCCUAUCGUGGUUCCACAAAAAAAGGUUUGCUUGCAGAAGGCUGAAGUCUUGGUCCUCAGAGCCCAUCUAGAAGACUGGAAGUCUGUGAAAGGUAAAGAAAGAUCAAGGGUGCUGCUUGCCAUCUACAAGGAAGCAUCCCUCCAAGCUCCCACCAAGGAAAAGGCCCUGUUGAAAGCUCGGCGAAAGAUUUACAAGCAGUGGUUGCAGAACCAGUCUCGCCGGAGAGGAGCUGCAAAGCCCCUUAUCAAGUAUGGCCGUCAUUGGACGGCAAGGCAAAAGACCGGAGAGAUGGCUGGAACCAAGGGGAUGAUUACCAAGUGGCCAAAGGCAGCAAAGACAGUCAUUAAUUGUUUGUCGGCGGAGGAGAGAGAGGGAGCGGAGGCCAUGGCAGAGAGGUGGAACAACAAAGCAGCACCGCCGGAUAUUCAGGCCAAGAUCACUGAGAGUAAGGGCGCCGACAUGAUUGAGCAUUUUGCGACUGAAAUGUUCAAGAAAGCCGGAAUGCGAGUCUGCAUCCUAUCAGCUUGGAAGGACAGCCAAGGCAAGCUCAUGUUGGGAGGUCCAGCAAUGGCGAGAGCUUUAUCAAGACAAGGGAUUGGGACAGCAUCAUCAUGCCUGAAUGAGUGGAAUAUGUGGGGGAGCAAUUUGGUGAGGCCAUGUAAAUGUCUUACCGGCAAGCAUACUGAAGCAAGUGAAUGUUUAGACGGCGAGGAUGAUGGGGAGCCCCAGAUGGUCAAAUCAAAGAAACAAGUCGCCAAGAAAUUAGUUGAACUUGACGAAGAUGCCGAUGGGUGGCCGAUUCUGCCCGACACAACGGGAUGGAAACGAGCCGAACAACAGCACAUGAUUCGGUCUUUCUUGACGAAGCUCUAUAGAAUGUGCUCCGGCAAAGAAAACCUGAAAGCGGCGGUGCCAUGGGGAGAUGUAAUCCAUGACCCAUGGGCAUUUUUUGACGGCGCCCAUUGGCCGACCAGUGUGCAGCUCAAGGAGCCAUCCAAGAUGGAUAAAGCAGAUGCCACCACUGUACUAGAUUUCUGGUUUGCCCGCCAGAAAGAUGACAUGCAACCGGCCUUCUCAUUCAAGGCCUGGAAAGAUUCCAAUGGCGAGAUGCAAGAGGCAGACUUGUGUCCACCCAGUGCUCACUGUGGCAAUGCCACAAAGCAGAGCAAAGGCAAGGGUAAGGGCAAAGCCAACCCUAAAGCUAACCGCCGCCGUGUGCCGGAUGAUAGCAAUUCGGAGGACGAGUUGGACAGUGAUCUGGGAGAGGAUGGUUCUAGGUCAUCCAGUAAAGAUGAGGGAGCACCAUCCACUGGAAGAAGAUCAAGUCACGGCCUGCAAGUUCAUGGCGGGAUAUCAGACAAGCUGUCACCAAGGUCGGCAGGGUGCUGA